GACGAAAAAGGCGUCUCAGAGGCGCAUCAGGAUUUCACGGAGGAAUGCAUUUUAUCCGACACUGUUUAUUUGAUUUGUUUUAGAUGCUGCUUCUUCGGAUCUCGGUGUAUUUAAACCCUGAGCUGGAUUUAUAUUCGUGCGUUCUGGAAUGAAGAUCACGACUCUGAUUAUAUAAAUCAGAUUUAUUCAAAGCAUUUAAAGAGCCAGGAUGGUUUUGAACCCGACUGAACCAUGAAUAGGAAUUUUCACCAUGCACUCAAAAUAAUCGCUGUUUCUUUAUCGAUGUCGAUCAAUAAUAAUGCAUAAGCUUCAGCACAGGCUGCUGCCUCUAUCUAAUACAGUAUGAUUGCAUUAAUGUUUGAUAUUUCAUCUAUGCAAACAGAAACACGCGCACUGACCUCCACACUGAGGAUUUGUGAAAUCUCUCAAACACUAAACCUCUCUUACAGACUUACACAUUGAUCCGGACCUGUUUGCUCACAAAUAAAUGCUUUUGGCAAUAUUCAAACAUUAAUUUCAGAGGGAGCGGAUUAUCAGCUGGGAUUUAUUGCAGUGCAAGAAUCUGCAUUGAAAAUGAGGACAGACACCAAACUGGCCUUGGCCAUAUUCCUCGUGUCCUGUUCAUCAGGUGCGAUUCUCGGGCGCUCGGAGACGCAGGAGUGUGCGUUUUAUAAUGUGAGCUGGGAGAAGGACGGGACGAACCAGAGCGGAGUCGAGUCAUGCUACGGAGAGAAAGACAAGCGACAACACUGUUUCUCCACCUGGAAGAACCUCUCAGGAGCCAUCGAGAUGGUGAAGCAGGGCUGCUGGCUGGACGAUGUUAACUGCUACGACAGCAGCGAGUGUGUGGAGCGUAAGGAGAAUCCCGACGUCUUCUUCUGCUGCUGCGAGGGAAACAUGUGCAACGAGAAGUUUCACUACAGUCCAGAGAUGAUUCAGACCACGUCUAACCCCGUCCCCCCGAAGCCGGACUUGUUUCCCACGUUGCUGUACGCUCUGAUUCCCGCCAUGGCUGUCGCCGUUAUUCUCGUCAUCUCGUUCUGGAUGUACCGGCGUCUGAAGCUGUCGUACCCGCCGCUGCUCGUGCCGUCACAGCACGCCUUUCAUAUCAUGAUAGAGGACCCGGGUCUGACGCCUCCGUCACCGUUGUUGGGUCAGAAGCCGCUGCAGCUGCUGGAGCUGAAGGCUCGCGGACGCUUCGGCUGCGUCUGGAAAGCUCAGCUGCUCAACGAACACGUGGCUGUCAAAAUCUUCCCUGUGCAGAAUAAACAGUCAUGGCAGAGUGAAUAUGAGAUUUAUAGCUUGAGCGGAAUGAAACAUGAAAAUAUCCUUCACUUCAUCGGAGCGGAAAAACGAGGAAAUGGAGUCGAUAUCGAGCUCUGGCUCAUCACAGCUUACCAUGAGAAGGGCUCGCUGACAGAUUUCCUGAAGGCGAAUGUUGUGUCGUGGAAUGAGUUGUGUCUGAUAGCGCAGACGUUUGUGCGCGGUUUGGCGUAUUUACACGAGGACAUCCCCAACCUGAAGGACGGACACAAGCCUGCCAUUGCACACAGAGAUAUCAAGAGUAAGAAUGUGUUAGUGAAGCGUGAUUUAACAGCAUGUAUUGCUGACUUUGGCCUGGCACUGAAGUUUGAAGCAGGGAAAUCUACAGGUGACACACACGGACAGGUGGGAACGCGGCGUUACAUGGCUCCGGAGGUGCUGGAGGGAGCGAUCAGUUUCCAGCGCGACGCGUUUCUGAGGAUCGACAUGUACGCCGCGGGUCUGGUGCUGUGGGAACUGGCCUCUCGCUGCACAGCAGCCGACGGGCCCGUGGAUGAGUUCUGUCUGCCGUUUGAGGAGGAGGCAGGUCUUCAUCCGUCUCUGGAGGACAUGCAGGACGUCGUUGUGCAUAAGAAGCUACGGCCGAUAUUCAGAGAGCACUGGCUAAAACAUACGGGCCUGGCGAUGCUCUUUGAGACCAUAGAGGAGUGCUGGGACCACGAGGCCGAGGCGCGUCUGUCUGCGGGAUGCGUGGAGGAGCGCAUCAUCUCAAUGCAGCGCAACACCAACCUCAUCGCCCCCGACGACAUCCUCUCCGUCGUCACCAUGGUUACCAACCUGGACUUCCCCCCUAAAGAAUCCAGCCUAUGAUGCCGUUCUCUCAGCCAAUCAGCACACAGCGUGUGCGAAAGAAAACCGGACUACGAAUGACUCGAGCGAAACGAGCGGGGGAAUAAUUCAACGACUCGCACUUACACACGGAGGAACUCAAGAGAUCAAACACACACGGACGUCUCUGUUUGCACCAAAACCUCUUUUAUGCAUUAAGGAAAGACUUUUGUGUUUUAUAUGAACAGCAGCUCGUACGAUUUUAGUAUAAAAAGGGCGAAACUCUGGACUGCGUUUGCUGUUCGUUUCUGCGAAUCAUAACAGUCAUGCCAAUACAAGACACUUCUGAAUGUCUGCCGAAUCACACACGGAUCUAUGAGAAAUUAUGCUGAAAUAACCAUAAACCUCCCUAAACAGGUAUACCUCAUUUUGAUUUCUCGUGCUUUUUUCUGAACAGCUGCUACGGAGGCGAGACGAGUAGCUGUAACACACGCUAGCGUUUCUGCCGUUCGCGUUUCUGCUUCAUUUCAUCGCAGUCUUUCUAAAGGGGUCGUUUCAUGAGGAAUCAACGCUCGCUUCACUAAAUCACAGAAACCAGGGUCCAAUAUUAGCGUCUGCCAAUGCUGGAUCAAUUCGGACAGUUUACCACUCAUGCAACUGUAUUCUUGCAACACAAUUUUCCAAAAUAGUGACACAUCAUAUGCAAAAUGAGCCUCCAUAUUCAUCAAACUGCACCUGAGACGUUGGGUUUUUGUUCAUAUUUAUCUUUUGGUGGCUUUAUACGAGUUAUAAUCCAGCAAGUCAUUUUGACCCUACACUGCAAAAACGACUCGUUCUCUACAUCAACUUUCUGAUGUGAACUAGAUUAACGUCAGUGCAUUAACAUGUUAACAGCGAUUCAGAAA